AUGGCUCGUUCAAUUGACUUUUCAGAUUUUAUUGAAGUCGACGACGACGAAGAAGAAGAAGAAGAAGAAGAAGAAGAAGAAGAAGCAAUGACUCGCCCCGGAUAUGAAGACAGCGAGAAAAUCACAGAACCCAUUGAACCACAACGCGCGCCAUCUUCUGAGCUCAGUUCUGAAAGCGCUGCAUCUGAACUCGAUGAAGAUAAGAGCGUUGGUGUUGAAGAGUCACACCCUCGGCCUCCGCCUUCUUCUGCCCCCACUUCUCUCUACAGCUUUCGCACUCGGAAUAAGAGCAAGCUCGUCUACGAUGCAAAGUACCAUCCUAUGGACGACGCUAUUCGGCCAACGCAAGCGGCAAGGCGUCGCUCAGUUCAUGGAGAGAAGCAAGUCUGUUUCGACACAGAUGACACAAAUGAGGAUUCUGCCGCUGUCUAUACUGACGCAGAGGAGUCGGGUGGUGAAUCUGGGAAAGAAACAAGGCGACGUACAGAGAACAAGAAGCGCAAGUUCACUCAGUCACGGCUGCUGUCAGUUGAACCUACUCGUCGUUCUCCUCGCAAAAUGUCGGAUACGAAGGUUUCGUACGACAUGAAUGUGCAUCCUCAAGACAAGUUUCUGGUUGUGACCAGCGAGGAGGAAGUGAUUGUGUCUAGGAAGAGAACGAAGAAAUCCAAGCGUCUGCAUGUUGACGAUGUGGAUUCGGACGGAGUUGCGCAGUGCAAACCUGCGUCCCGAGAAUAUGCUGAUUAUGUCGAAAACUCCACAUCUGAUGAAAUGGAGUUCGAUAGCGGAGGUACUAUACAGAGGAUAGAGAUGGAUACUGAUUCUAUCACAAUUGCUGGGAGCUCGAUUCCGUCUCCAGAAGCAGCCAACCCGCAAAAUGCUAUCAAGCGUAAGGACAGUAUUGACUCACUACACUUGUCCCCAGGAAAAAGAUGUUUCCAUCACGACAAAGAUGCCUGGCCAGUCUCGUCAGGUCAACCUUUUACCAUCUUCAACGAGAAGCUUGCGGACCAGCUAGCUCGUGAGGCACAUACUGCUUCGCCGCUCAACUACGAACAUGACGACAAAGAGAACGCAAUCCACAACGACACCAUAGAUGUAGACCCGCUCUCUUCGGCAAAUGCAAGUGUCUCCAUCAUUCCCGAAGCACAGUAUAGGCCGACGAGCGAAGAUUGCGAGUUGUUGAAUCAUCGCGCUCUGAUCAAUUACGCUCUCUACGACGAUCCUCAUCCGCAGACAUACGGUCUUGACGGAACCUACUGCAGCGGAUCAGGGGAGAUGGAUGCGUUUUCUGAAAGCAUGAGUAUACUUGCUUCUGGUAGGGAGUUGCCUCUUGGGAAGGACACGGAGUGA